AUGGACACAGCGGCACUGGAUCUUGGCAAGGGCUUAGGUCUUGUCUCACUAUUUGAGGAUGAUGCAUCGCGAUGGGAUGCGGUAUCCUCACGAAACACCACCGCCGAUGGGUCCUUCGUCUACGCAGUGCGCACCACAAAGAUAUUCUGUCGACCCAUCUGCAAAGCCCGUCUUCCACGCCGCGCCAAUGUUUCCUUCUUCGCAAACGGGUACGACGCCAAACAAGCUGGGUUUCGCGCGUGUAAACGCUGCAAACCAGAGAUGGCAGGGUUCAUGCCUGAAGAGGCGGCUGUGCGAAAGAUCCGUGCCUUUGUGCGACAACAAACAGAGAAACAAGGCGAUGAAGAUGCUAGAUUGAGUUUGAGUCUAAGUCAAAUGGCGAGGCAGACCGGGCUGUCCAAGUGGCAUUUCCAUCGUGUGUUUAAGAAAUGUGUUGGAGCCACGCCGACCGAGUAUUUGAGAACACAGCGACGAGGUCAAGAAGCCAAGAAUUUGUUACAGCUACCGCUUGGAGAAACUAGUUGGCUUGAUCAGCUAGAUGAGGAGGCCCUGGGCCAAGACUUUGGGUUUGCGACUUGGGAUGAUUCUGUUGUCGGUUCAGGGUACGCUACCACAGAAACACCAUCAACGACUCCCAACGACAGCCCAUGGUCAAUCGAUGAAUUCUUGAUCUGGCCCGAAGACAAUGGAGUGGUAUAUUUGAAAUAA